AUGGGCCGGAAACGAUCAAGAGGAAGCAGCGGGGCUAAGGCCUCGGGUGCGACGAUCGACAAGAUUGACAGCUAUGAGGACACCAUCGAGAAGGGCGGCGUCGACGACUUCAUGUUCAAGCGCGACCAGAUCAUGUUCAACCCGCGCGACGAGGAGGAUGACGAGGACAUUAACGGUGACAUGGGCGAGGAGGUGUUCGGCCUUGAGGAGCCCAGGCGGCGCAUGACCGCCGAGGACGAUGACGAGGAAAUGGAGGAGGACGAGGACGAGUACGACUCAGAGGAAGAUGCGCCGACAGGCAAGCAACGGAAGGAGAAGGCCAAGGUUGACUACUCGACGAAGGGACGGUACGGCAAGGAGAGCGACAGCGAGGAAGCUGGUUCCGACUCUGAGGAGGAAGAGGGGUGGGGACGGCAGUACUACUCUCGCCCCUCCACCCGGCGUGAGAAGGAGGGUGACGAGUACGACAGCGAGCGUGAGGAGGAGCGCGAGCUCGAGGAGAAGGAGGUCCGUCGUCUUCAGCGCAAGGCGCGCGAAGCCGUUGCCGCCGACGACUGGGGAUUGGACGAUGUGCUUGCCGAUGGUGACGCUGCGCCUGCAAAGGAGGACGAUGAAGAGGACACUAAGGUUCCCGUUCCUGUGCCGGAGACGCCGCCCACGAGCCGCUGA